UGCCUUUACUGUACCCAGCGGAGACAGUAGUACAGUCUGCAUUAUCCUGACCCACGGAGCUGGGGGAGAUAUGAAUUCCAAACAACUGGUUCUCCUGGCUGAAGCUAUUGCUGAUAAGGGAGUAGCGGUGUUGCGGUUUACUUGCAAAGGGUUGAAUCUCAAAUACAGAACAAAGGUCUAUACCAAAGUUGUGGAGUUUCUACUUGCGUCCUCCUAUGGGAUAAAAAUAUGUAUUCUAGCAGGUCGAUCAAUGGGGUCACGUGCUGCAGUUAAUGUUGCCAACGAGAAUGAAUCGACCGAUAUAUCUGCAUCCAUAAUUGGUGUAAUAUGUCUGUCUUAUCCGCUGUACCCUCCAGAAUCGCCCGAUAAAAUAAGAGAUGCUCCGUUGUAUAACCUUUCUUGUCCUGUUAUUUUCAUCAGUGGCGAGAAAGAUGAAAUGUGUAAGAGGGAGAGAAUGGAAAGCGUACUCAAACGUAUGUCCAGAGCUGACAUGCACUGGAUACAACAUGCCGGCCAUGAUUUAAUAGACAAGUCAGUCGGGCUGGAGGCGACCGUUAACAUGAUUGCAGACAAAGUAUUCCUUUGGUGUUCCAAAAUAUGCCCAGAAAUAGCUUUACCAGUUGCAGCUACAGAGAAAAAGCGCAAACAAACACCACCACUAACGUCUGUGAGAAAGAGUAAAAGAGGUGAAAGGUCAGAUUUGUUAGCUCGUGAUGAGGAUGAAGAGAGUGUUCGUGCGGCAUCACUGGGUACCAGUGCAAACAGCAGUUACAAACGGAUAUCUAGUCGAAAACGAAAACGUUCGAUAUGGGCAAAAGGUAACCGUGACACAGAGAGUAUGUAAAAUGUUUUAUGAUUUCUUGGAUAGUCAGUGUGGAUCUACCGUACUUUGCCAAUAUCGUGGGUACCUGAAAAUUUUGCAGAUCACAAACAUGAACGAAAACGCCAAAAUAACAAUAAUUAUAAUCAUUGGCGUAGCCAGGAUUUUAUAUUGGUAGUGGGGUGGCUCACACUGUUCAUAAAUGAAUCAUGUUUUGGGACGACUGGUAAAUACAAAAGGUGGUGAUGUAAAAGGUGUGUGAUUUGGGGGUUGACAUUGUUUAUAAUAUAUACAUAUUUUUAGAUAACUCAAGUUUAGAAAGUUUUUCCUUUUUAUAUCACCGUACGAUCGCAUCUUCAUGUUCUGAAUGGUGUAGAAUCACAUCAGUGGAUCCAUUCAGCUGAUUAGGUUUUUCUCGU